CGUGGAUGCCUGCCUUCCGCCCGCAAAAAAAUCCUCGACGUAGUGAAGGGGUGGUGGCGGCGGGGAUUCCGGAAGGUCACCCUUCAGCCGGAAAUGGUUGUUGAGGAACAUGGCGUUGCUGGUCCGAGUCCUUAGGAACCAGACUAGCAUCUCCCAGUGGGUUCCAGUAUGCAGCCGAUUGGUACCAGUGUCUCUUAGCCAAGGACAGUGGGGCCGGACUCUGUCUGGUACUUCCCAGUUGCCUCAGUUGGGACAAUCCCGAACCUGUGGUGGGUCAGAACAGAUUCCUGGAACAGACGUGCCACAAAAUAGGAAUUACCACACCACAAAUAAGCUUCCUGUUACCAAGGAUUCCCCACAACCUGUUGAAGAGAAGGUUGGUGCUUUCACAAAGAUAAUAGAAGCCAUGGGAUUCACAGGACCAUUGAAGUACAGCAAAUGGAAAAUUAAGAUUGCAGCCCUGCGCAUGUAUACUAGCUGUGUGGAAAAAACUGACUUCGAGGAAUUCUUUCUAAGGUGCCAGAUGCCUGAUACUUUCAAUUCAUGGUUUCUUAUAACCCUACUUCAUGUCUGGAUGUGUCUAGUCCGAAUGAAGCAGGAAGGUCGGAGUGGGAAAUAUAUGUGUCGUAUCAUAGUUCAUUUUAUGUGGGAAGAUGUUGAGCAGCGUGGCAGAGUCAUGGGGCCAGAUGUUGACCUCACUACCUGGAGUAUUCAUGAGAUUUGUCACACAGGAAUCAAGCAAAGGCUUCCAGAAAUCAAAGUUAAUUCCUAUGUCCUGAAGAAGAACAUGAUCCUCAUGACAAAUAAUUUCUAUGCAGCAAUCUUGGGAUAUGAUGAGGGGAUCCUUUCAGAUGAUCAUGGGCUGGCUGCUGCCCUCUGGAGAACCUUCUUCAACCAGAAAUGUGAAGACCCUCGACAGCUUGAAUUGCUGGUAGAGUAUGUGAGGAAACAGAUGCAGUACCUGGACUCCAUGAACGGAGAGGAUCUGCUUCUGACAGGGGAGGUGAACUGGCGCCCUCUGGUGGAGAAGAAUCCGCAGAGCAUCCUGAAGCCCCAUGCUCCUACUUAUAAUGACGAGGGUCUCUGAGGGGCUGGCUAGUCCCUCCAGACAGUUGGCCAGCUAGCUUUGAGAAACCUCAGCAAGAGAAGUGCCUGUUUAGCCCAGGAACCUGCAGAAAGUGGCCUGAACUGACCUUUGAACAGCAACUGUCAAAUACCUGGCUCCAUUUAUGUUGUUUCCUCUUAGUGUGCCCCAGAGUCUGAUCUGGUAGGGGUAUACAGUGUUGGGAGAACCCCCAGCUCUUCUAAGGUGUCCUCAAGAGGAGCCCCAAGAAAGAGCUCCCGAAGCACACACUCCCCAAGUCCUUCCAGCACCACGUGUGGCUGACAGCUUUUCCGAGAGGCCCAGCAAGGAUUGGGGUAGGUUAGAAAGGGGUUACCACUACAAAGGGCUUGCUGUGGUCUCAGAGCAGUUUGCAAUGCUGCUGGAUUGAGACGGAUAGCCACACUCUGUCCUCCGGCUUUGAGCCAUAGGGUUGAGUUGGCCAUUAAAAGAAACAGACAUAUCUUUGCCAUGGCUUUUCUUUAUUCCAGGGUAUUUUAGGAACUUUUGUGAGAUGAUGGAUGCCAUAAGCUAAGGAGCACCCCCAGCUCAGUUAAAGACAGGGAGAGGGGAGAGGUCGGGGGGUCUCUGCUGUCCCCGAUGGCUCUGGUUCCAAGAGAUGUGUCACUCUCUAACCAAGACAGCCUGCCAGGCCAUCCUCUAGUAGCCAGGAGAGUUCUGAUGGCCAAGGGGCUUAUAACAUCCCAAGUCACUUAAAGAGACCUCGAGAACAAAGGUCCCUUUGUCAUCCCCAGUGAACUGGGCGAGGAAUAUGCUGUCUUUCCUCUCUUGGCCUCCUAUGUGAAAUAUGGGGGCAAAAAGAACAUUAUUCCUGGUUUUGUUGUUCCAUCCCAGGACCAGCCCCAUGCCCAGCUCUCUACCCCUUUCCCAACCCUAGACUAUGCACUGCAGAGCCACCUUGUCUGAGCACUGGAGUACCAGUUCCCCUCCUCCCUUGGAGUGUGGGUCAUUUCUUGGGGGAUUUUCUUAAAUUGAAGAAAGAGGGCGGGGAACCAUCUGGCCCCUCCCUCCCCCAUCAAACGUUCUUCACUGAACUUGCUAUAAAGUGAGUCAUAUAAAGAAACUCUAUACGGGUGAGGUAUAUCCCACUUCUGUGAAAACAUUACAAAUCAAACCGCCUUCUCUUGGUUUAUUUAAGAUGCUUUUGUUGCAAGCAGAGCUCCAGAGUGAAGCCUCCUGUGUGUGUGAGAUAAUAACACCUUGUAACUCAUUACAGCUGGGCACUAUUUACAUAAACCAGAGCUGAGCCGGGCAGGAAUUUGCUGAUUAAUUUAUUUUUAAUGGAGUGAAGUAUACCAUGCACCAAAAUAAACUUUACUGUGUGUACCUAACUGCUCCUGGAAUGGAUGGAAAAAUUAAUGGAACAGAUUUUGGCUCCCAACUCUGCACAUUAAUUCAUAUAUAAAAGUUAUUUGAGCAUUAACCCAUUUGCUGCCCAGAAACUCCCCAGCCACAGAUCCCAGCUCACAGCAUCAGUUUAGCUACCAGGCUUGCUUUAGAAUCCUGGAACCUCAGCUUGGGAAGGAAAGGUCAUUUGGGUCAGCCCUGGUCCAGAACUUGAUUGCCCUUCUUAACCUUGGCCUACGAUCAUGCAAGCCCUAGCUGAAUCCCUCCAGCAGCAAAUAGAUGGUCCCUGCUUGCAGAGCCUGUAUCCACAGGAUUCAGUAAUCAAACACAGCAACUCGUAACAUUUCAAGCAAUGUUUGGAAGAGCCAGAUUGGAUCUGUCAUGUGUGUAAUGUCCCAAAUAUUCCCGAUGCCAGUCUGUCUCUCCUUCAAGAUAAAAGCCAAGUGACGUGACCUGGAGGCUUCAGGCUGUUCUUUGACCCCUCUCCAUUCCAGCUUGUCUUUACAGAUCUCUAACCCAUUUCUUCCCUGAGCAAAUGGAACCACUUGGGGUUCCCUGAAGGAGCCACAUCAUGUGUUUCCUCCACCUGAACUCAUCCCUCCCACUGCUGACUAAAGAAAUCCCAAGUUUCCUCGAAUGUCACCUCUCCUGUUUGCCUCAGGCCCAGGCACACUGUCUUCAGGACUCCUUACCGUGUCCUCUGCUCACUUAGCACCUCCCUUGCCACAAUGAGAUGAUUUUUUUCCACACCCACCUCGCACAUCGCCUUGUGAGCUGCUUCCACGCAGAGUGGAUGCUAUGUUGGUGUGGAUCACCUUUGUUUUCCCAGUGCUCAGCACAGUAGAGUGUCUGGCUCCCAGCAUCUGUGCGUACUUUGAUAAAUGAGAAAAUUAAUGAAUGACUAAAAUCAUCAGUCAUUAUCAGUACAAGCCCAACUUAAAAAAUCCCCUUCCUAGACCAUUCUCAGUCUGAGCUACAGUUCUGCUUAUUCGAACAUUAAGACUAAAGCAUUAAGCACCUCCUUUUGCUUUAGCAUAGGAACCAAACCAAAAACUCCAGCUAAAUGUUUUUCUAAUGUAAACUGUUAUUAUACAAAACAAGAGAAGGACAUGAUCUCUUGCCUCCAGGGAGAUCGCUUUUUAGGAAUGAUUUUGUCAUUUAUUUGUCUAUACUUCCAGCGGGGGGAAAUCACAGCAAAUUAAGAGACAUGUUUAUGAUAAAACUAAAGCUAUUAAAGCGAAGUUCCCUUGCACAUUACUAUUGCAAGGGAAGAGAGGGAAAAUAAUAGAAAACCUAGACUGCUAAUCAUCACCUUUCAUGACUUUUUUGGAAUAAAAUAUUUUAAAUGCAUUGUCUCACCCAGUCCUAUAAAUAGUUGUUACCCUUAUCAUUUUUUUUUGGUCCCUUUUCCAUGUCUGAGGAGACUGAGGUUCAGAGAGGACUAGAGAGUUAUCCAAGAGUGCUUCAGCCAACAUCAUGUGACCCCAGGACCCCUGCAUGUUCUCCAGACCACACUGCCUCCCUCAAGUCAGUGAGGAUGUCUGCAGUUGAAUAGAAAACCUGUUACUUUGAGCAUCCUGGCAACCCGGUAUGAAAAAGGGAAAGCCUUAAGAUUAUGUAGUUCCUAUUGUCACAUAAAAGAAAGUCUAUCUGCUAAUUCAUCAAUAAAACACAUUUUCCUUA